CAUAUGGGAAACGCUACUGUACAGUACUUGGUUAUAGAAUAAAGAGAUUUGGCAGGUCGAGGACAGUGCUGAUUUUUAUCAGGAGAAAUUCCCGGCGAAUGCAUAGUCACCAUUUUACGGAAUAUGAAAAUACAUGGAGUCAUUUGAGAGCCAUGCGUUUUCUCUCACAGUUGACAGGCAGGUAUUUUCCUACAGCCAGGCGUCGCACUGAGAAAGCAACAUUUCAUUUGGCACCGCCACUGGCUGGUGAUUUCGCAUGAAUGCUAGCUAACUAAUGUACAACACGCAUGUUUAUAGAAGCAACUGGAACAGUCAGCGUCAGAGGUUUUUUUUUUUAAUUUUGCUCAUUGACGUUACCUGCCUCACGGGAAGUAACUUACAGACACGUCUCUCCAUAAGCCAGAACAUCCAGAGAAAAACUCUGAAGUGACUGUUAUGUGUUAGCUGACAUUUCCUAAAGAAACGCAGGGACUUGACACCGCACGUUUCUUCUUUUUUUCUUUGAAGUGUGGCGCACCCUUUAUCCUGCAUUUUGGCUUGUAGGCAGGUAAAAUAAACUUCAAGUGUGGACUGUGAGGCGGAGAAAAUGAUGUGGACCAGCUGUUCUGACCGAGGGCCGACCUAGGAAUGUCACAACUCCCCAGCUGUGUGGACGGAGCACAGUGCUGGCUGCCCUAACACCUGACAGCUCCUGCUCACCGUGAGACAUUGAGCCAGCGUUUCUACACACCAUUCAUCCGCUGUGACGACUUAAGGGCUUGGUGUCCACCCGUCUGUCUCCAGUAGUGUAUUAUGACCCGUCUGUCUGUGAGAGGCUGUCUGUCAGCACUGAAUCAGACAUGACAGGGCAUGUCUUUCUGGUCAGUAUUUCUUGGUCUGCCAGCUCUUCAGCUAAAGGAUUUGUUUUUGAAGUGGACCCAGACAGAAGUAAUACACAACCUCUGGUGCAGAAACCAGGGGCUCCCAAGUGUUCUCAUCUUGAGUUACUGUACACAGUAGAUAAAAGUUGAUGAGGCAUUACUACAGGAGACCUUAUCUGAGCUUCUUGUGGAUUACUGUUGAUACUGUCAUCUGGGACAGAGACACCUGUGACCAGGAUCAGUGAUGAAAUAUUUUUAAAUCUAGUCAGUGGAAUUAGUUGUUUCCUCAUUUUGUUGGACCCCCCCCCCAGGAUAACCCUCAGGGCCUGGUGGUUCCUGGACUCCACUUUGAGAGCCACUGGUUUAAGUUCUCUUGUCAGAGCUCUUGGAGUAGAGUGAAGUUUAUCAAAACCCUUCCUGUUUUCUGUAGUCCGUCUGAGAAAGAACUUUUUAACCAUGCACAGAAGACUGAACGGGAAGCCCUAGCAAGAGUCAAGUUUAAACUGAGUCAGCCAUGCCUGUCAGAAAAAAAGACACAGCUCGAGCCUUGGGGCUUUUGGAGGAGUACUGCACUAAACUGAAGAAGCCAGAGGAGCAGCAGCUCAAAACUGCCAUUCAGAGAGUAAUGGGGAUUUUCAAAAGCAACCUCUUUAAAGCUCUUCUUGAUAUCCAGGAGUUCUAUGAAGUGACGCUACUAAACACACAGAAGAGCUGUGAGCAAAAGCUGGAGGAGGUCAACCACAUGGCGGACAAGUGGGAGAAGAGUGUUUCUAUACAAAAUGCUGAGUUUGCCUGUCCAGUGGAGGAGAGGGAGCAGAGCAGCUUAGAACCCUGUGGGCUGGAGCAGAGAGAGAGCGGUGCCAAGACCUCUGAGAACAGGCCACCAGCAGUACAGGGGUCACCCCUCAACGGCCAGCCCCCACCCUGCAUGAACCCUGCCUUGAUGAACGCUCCCUGGCAGUACCACUACCAAGAAGACGACUCACCACCUCUUGACCAGGGAUUCCCGCGGCUCACCAACGAGGUGCGCGCCCCUGAGCUUGUGCACGUGUCCGAGAAGAACCUGUCUGAGAUCGAGAAUGUGCACGGCUACGUGUCCCAUUCCCACAUCUCUCCUCUCAAGGCCAGCCCAGCCCCGAUAAUCGUCAACACAGACACAUUGGAUUCCGUUCCUUAUGUCAAUGGCACAGAAAUUGAAUAUGAGUUUGAGGAAAUCACUCUAGAGCGGGGUAACUCAGGCUUGGGCUUUAGCAUUGCCGGAGGCACAGAUAAUCCACAUAUCGGUGAUGACCCCGGCAUCUUCAUCACCAAGAUCAUCCCUGGAGGAGCUGCAGCAGAGGAUGGACGCCUGAGAGUAAACGACUGCAUCCUGCGGGUGAAUGAUGCAGAUGUGUCAGAGGUCUCUCACAGUAAGGCCGUAGAAGCCCUGAAGGUUGCCGGUUCCAUUGUCCGGCUGUAUGUGCGGCGCCGCAGGCCAAUGCUGGAGACCAUCAUUGAGAUCAAACUCAUCAAAGGACCAAAAGGGCUUGGCUUCAGUAUUGCAGGUGGAGUUGGAAACCAGCACAUCCCUGGAGACAAUAGCAUAUACGUCACCAAGAUCAUUGAUGGUGGGGCAGCACAGAAGGAUUGCCGGCUACAAGUUGGAGACAGGUUGUUAAUGGUGAAUAACUACAGUCUGGAGGAAGUGUCUCAUGAAGAAGCUGUGGCUAUUUUGAAGAACACGUCAGAUGUGGUCUACUUAAAGGUGGGAAAGCCCACCAAUGUCUACUUGUCAGAUCCCUAUGGGCCUCCUGAUAUCACACACUCUUUUUCUCCAGCCAUGGAAAAUCAUAUCUCUUCCCCCAUCAACAGUGGCACUUUGGAGUACAAGUCUGGUGUCCUCCCCAUCUCCCCUGGAAGUUAUUCCCCACUCCCUAAGCACUUACUGGGGGAAGAGGAUAUAAACAGGUUGGAUGGUUUUUCCUUCUUACGAAAUCCCUCGCUAGAUGACGGGGAGAGUCACAGGUUUGAUUCCCAGCACUUCCAGUUGAGGCCUCCUGAGCCAGUUUACAGCACUGUGAACAAACUAUGUGACAAAGCACCCUCCCCCCGACACUAUUCCCCAGUGGAGUGCGACAAAAGUCUCCUCCACUCCACCCCCCUCCCAAACUAUCACUUAGGCCUGUACCCUGACACGGACUUCACCAGGGAACCCAGGAAGGUUGUGCUCCACAAAGGCUCCACAGGCCUGGGCUUCAACAUCGUGGGUGGUGAAGAUGGCGAGGGCAUCUUUGUCUCCUUCAUCCUGGCAGGAGGGCCUGCUGACCUGAGUGGAGAGCUGAGGAGAGGCGACCAGAUCUUAUCGGUAAAUGGCAUUGACCUACGAGGAGCCACACAUGAACAAGCAGCAGCAGCGCUGAAAGGAGCUGGACAGGUGGUCACCAUCAUUGCCCAGUACAGACCAGAAGAACUUGCUCUAUGCUCACCACAACGGGUCCAUUCUCCUGCACCAGAGUAUGGGCGUUUUGAGGCCAAAAUCCAUGACCUGAGGGAGCAGAUGAUGAACCACAGUAUGAGCUCUGGGUCAGGAUCCCUGCGAACCAAUCAAAAGAGAUCGCUCUAUGUGAGGGCACUGUUUGACUACGAGAAGUCUAAGGACAGCGGCCUCCCAAGCCAAGGCCUCAGCUUCAGGUAUGGGGACAUCCUCCACGUCAUCAACGCCUCAGAUGAUGAGUGGUGGCAGGCCCGCCGUGUCACCCCACAUGGGGACAGUGAGGAAAUGGGUGUCAUCCCCAGCAAGAGACGGGUGGAAAGGAAAGAGCGAGCGCGUCUAAAGACUGUGAAAUUCAAUGCCAAGCCAGGGUCAUUUGAUUCAAAAGGGUCAUUCAAUGACAAACGUAAAAAGAAUUUCAUCUUUACACGAAAGUUCCCAUUCUACAAGAACAAAGAGGGUGAGCAGGAUGGCAGUGAUUCAGACCGGAGUCAAGAGGACAUGAUUCUCUCAUAUGAACCUGUGAUGCGGCAAGAAAUCAGUUAUGCCAGACCCGUCAUAAUCCUUGGACCGAUGAAGGACAGAAUCAAUGAUGAUCUGAUAUCAGAGUUCCCCGAAAAGUUUGGGUCUUGUGUGCCGCAUACCACUCGGCCGAAGAGGGACUACGAGGUGGACGGGCGAGACUACCACUUUGUGAUGUCCAGAGAGCAGAUGGAGAAGGACAUCCAAGAGCACAAGUUCAUUGAGGCGGGACAGUACAAUGAGAAUCUGUAUGGAACAAGUGUCCAGUCUGUGAAAUACGUGGCUGAAAGGGGUAAACACUGCAUCCUGGAUGUGUCAGGAAAUGCCAUCAAACGACUACAAGUAGCACAACUCUAUCCCAUAGCCAUCUUCAUAAAACCCAAGUCUGUUGAUUCAUUAAUGGACAUGAAUAAGAGACUGACAGAGGAACAAGCCAGGAAGACGUUUGACAGGGCUAUGAAGCUGGAGCAGGAGUUUGGUGAAUUCUUCACAGCCCUGGUUCAAGGAGACACCUUAGAAGACAUUUAUAACCACUGCAAACAGGUCAUAGAGGAACAUUCAGGACCCUAUAUCUGGAUCCCCUCAAAGGAGAAACUAUAAUAACUCAUCACCCUGGAAGGGAAUCUGGACUGCUAGAAACUAGUAAUAAGUUUUAACAUAUGAUAACUGUAUGGCGCUGAAUAGUUUUCAUAAAUACUUAUUGUAACUUUUGUUUUUGUCUUUUUUUUUUCUCUUUUGUUUGGUUAUUGCUUCAUUUUUCACUCAACAUGAAUGUUCCUGAAUGUAAACCACAGUGUUAGGAAAUUCUAGGUCUUGAAAUAUGAACCGUUUGUAUAUUUGUUUAUUUUGAUUUGAACAACAAUGAAAAGAAAUGUAAUGAAAACAAAAUAAAUCUGGGGUAUGUGUCCACAGCAGGAAACUGGAGGUGGCAUAUACAGUGCAGAUUUCUUUGCUUUGCUAACAUAGGAAGGAAAGUUCCUCACCCUCCCUCGUACUGCAACAACUAGCAAAUAAUCUAUGAUGUUUAAUGUUUUGUCUGAUUUUGAAUCUGUGCAUCCCCUGAACACAGCUUUGCUUUGCGUUUGUUUAUAUUGUCAUUUUUUCCUUGAAUUUCUAUAUUUAUUUCUCUGACAUGACAUGAGGAUGUGUGAGGAAAAUGUAAUAUUCAAUGUCAUGUUUUUUUAUUCAAAGGCAGACAUUACUCAUUCACUCACAUCUGUUGCUUUGACAAUGACAAGUUAAAGGAGAAAGCUGCUAUUGGCAACGAAGAUGUUAACACUAUAUUUUGCUACUUAAAUUGCUAAAGGGCGCAAAAGCACAUAAUUAUUUAUUAUUGAAAAUAUAAUUUGAUUUAAAGGUCAUUUACAGAGCACAUUUUAUUUGAGUUAUGAAGUAUGUCAAGACUGUGUGAGUAUGGAUGGGAAUAUUAUUAUGUUCACAGUAUUUUGUAGACUUGGAGUGGAGAGGGUGGUCAAAGUAGUGAUUAAAUUUGAUACUGAAACACAUUUCUGUUGUUUGAACCUAAUAGCAGGGCAAUGAUAAUAACAAAAAAAUAAAAUAAAGGACCAAUACUUUUUGAAGUAUAAAAAUAUUUAAUAGAAAAGCCAAAAAGUAAGAGGGGAGAACACAAAAGUAAAGUGAAUGCAUAAAUUGCACAAAAUGUAGUUAAGUAUCAGAUAUUAAUAUUAUGUACAUUAUAGAGUUAUUAAGGAUUUGGAAGUCUAAAAAGAUUGAUGAGUUUUUCAACUUUACUUUGAAGAGAAUAUUGAUGCAGAUGACGCAGGCUGUUCCAAAGACACACUUUGAUUUGUUAGGUAUGAAAAUGUAAAGAUGUAAAGGUACUGAUUAUGGACACAAAGUUCAGUAUUUGUAUCACUGGUGACCUCAGCCUAAAGCCCUAAUAGUGACCCUCAGGUGACCUGUCAGAACCUUAGUGAUUACAUCUCCUGCCUCUGGUUCAAACAGAAAGCUGUAUUAAUACAAUCAUGGUUGACCUUUUCCAAAUCGUGAGACAAUUACAAUCUUUCUUAUGAGAUGUUUCUGAGCUGGAGAAAUCAUAACUGACCAACCCUUUUAACUCGCUCUCAAGCCAGAUUAGGUUUAAAAACCUUGAAAAACAUGUUCAGCAGAGCACCUGACAGGACACCAGGAACUAUCCUGAAUCAGCUACAGAGAGCCAAGCUUUCUUAUUAAUGUUUGUUUUAGAAGUUGAUGAGUCCUGAUUGUCCUGAAGCUUAACUUACCCAGCACGAUACAAUAUAUCCACUAUAUAUAGUUUACUCACCAGUGGCUUGCCUUCUUUGAAAGGGCAUACAAUAUAGUACCUCGCUUUGUUAAAAAUAAAAAAAUAAAAAUCUGUUAUGUAUUUAAAGCACUUGGAAUGACUAAUGCAUCUGCCAGUGUGAUAACCUUCCGGUUCUGUUUAAUUACAACGCCAUUGGUCGUUCCCAUGAUAACAAUUUGUGAGUGAUAUAUAUAUUCUAGUAUUCCUGCUAUUUGAUUUAGACAGCAUGUUUCAACCAACCUGUAAGCAAGUAAAUAUAGUAGUUACAAUACAUGCAGGUAUGUUUCUAAUCAAUGGAGCAUUUCAAAAGUGCACUUACUCAUUGUUUUUGGUGACAAAAAUAGGCACGGUACUUUAACAGUAAUGGAUACAGUGUUUAAAGCGAAUAUAAAUCAAAUCCACUGAUUGUUGUGUAGGACGGCACAGUGAAAUCUGAGAAGACUGAACCCUGAUCUGUUUGUAUGGACCACAUACUGUACCUGGACUGACACACGCCAUUCCUGAAACCAGUGUGUACUUUGAAGAUGAGAAUUAUUAAUUUAUGUAGAUCAUAAAUUGGUUGACAUAUGUGGCUUAUAUGUGCAAAGCAACACUAGGAUUUCCUUUUAUUUUUGCAAUGUUUCAAGACAUCUGCCGUCAUUCUUUUGCAAAUUUUCCAUAACGUAUUGGUCACCACUUGCCUUAACAGAGUAGGUUUACUGUAUAUCAGAAAUGAAAGCAUAUAAAUGUAAUUUUCCUUUAAGAAUAGAACAUUUUAUUUCAUUCUCUUUCACAUCUAAACUUAAGUGAGAGAAGGCUGAAUCAAAUCUAAGGUAUAUGUCAUUAUGCUGAGGGUGUUGACACCUUGUACUGGAAAAGUUAAAGGCAGAAGAGAUAUUUUAUAUUAUGGAAUUUUAUCUUUAAAAUGAGCAUUUCUCUGACAACAAGAAAAACAUUUUAAAAUGGUCAAUGAGACACUCACUAUUUUGACCGUUGUUUUUUGGCCAGCAAUAUGAUGACGUGUAAAAGAAAAUAUAUCUUCAUAUACUGGCUUUAUACUAAUGCUAAAUCUAAUACAGUACUUCCAAAGUCAUUGUGAACAUUGUAACACAUGAUGUUUUACAGGCCAGUGGGGAUUUCUGUGUGAAAAUGUAAAGGAUGUUGGACCUAUGCAUGUUGCAACAGUCUUCUGUUUCCUGUGGAUGUGCAAUAUUCAACACAACUGAAGCAUUGAGGUACUUGCUGUGUUUUAAGACAUGAUCAAACUGCAGAUUUGAAUCAUUCAAUCAGACUUGUGUCUAUUUUAAACUUAAAUAAAAACACUUGUAAGAGGUGGUGUCGUAGCAAUAUGUUUUGGCUAACACAUUUAGCGUAUUUGCUUUUCAGUAGUUUAAUUAGUAAACCCAAAUUCACAGUUUAGAACUCGAACUUAUUAUUUAUUAUUGACCGCAUAAAAGCACCAAUGUGCUCAUCAUCAACUUUAUAAGGCUUAAAUAUGCAGUUCACCAGCAGGAAGUUGCCCGCAAACUGCAGACAAAGUGGAAAUCACAGUAGUGAACUGGAACAGGUCCAUCAUAGCCUGGUUUUCAGUAUGAGCUGUGACAUCUUAAUUUACACAGUGCAGAUGAUGCAUCCAUUAUUUCCACCCUACAGUGGCUUUUCCAUUGGUCCACUUCAAGUAAUGUAUUUACUAUGACUGAUAAAUACAGGAUGAUGUCACAUGAUAUAUUCAGCUUUAUGAGUUGGUGAGGUUCACCUGAACAUUCUGUUAAAUUACUGGCCUGCAUCGAGUAAUGGCAUUUAGUUGGGAUUGUAAAGGAUGAAAAAAUUUUGGCCUACACACAUUUGUAGGAGAAAUGGGAUGGGCUGUGUCAUGUUUGUCCAAGACAACACCUGAAUUUGUUCUGUUUCUAUAGCAGCUCAAUUAUUUUCAUGUGAUUUGUUUGCUGGAAUGUUCCUUAUUGGUCAUUGAAAUAUUUUAUUUUCAAAAGCUAAACACACGUUUGUGUAACUGAAUGAAAGGGGGAAUAAAUAACUAGACAAAAACAUUUUCAGAAUAUUAUGUGUAAAAGAGUACAAAUCAGUUUUGUCAUCAAAAUAUUGACCUUUCGUUUCUGUUUGAGAACGCAGUAAGUGAAACUCACCAGUUCUUACCCCCAUUCUGCUGUAUAAAUUCAUUUUUGAUAUUGAUGUACCAACUUAUGUGUUACUUUGAAGAUUUCUUUUUUUCCAUCCAGGUGGGUGUGUGCACCCUGAAGGGUCAUGGUACAGCUGGUAUGCCACGUCCUGACGUGUUGUUAACCCUGCCGGCACCAGGUGUGUUAGUGACGAGAUUUCAAAUUGUAAACGCAUUUCAUAAUUUUGUACAUUGGGUGUUUUGGAAGAAGUUUUUGAAAGCAAGCACUUGCUUUAACCAUUUCAAAAGAUUUACACAAGACAUGUUUACAAAUGAUCAAUGAAAAAACAAAUUGUUUGGCAAGUUUUAAUGUCUUCAGUUUUCAUUCUUCCUGAAAGGUUGACUGCACCAGAGAGAGCAUCUCUACGUACAUGCAAAUCUUGUCUGUUUGGGUUUUCUGCUUUUGCUCAGCAGUGUUUGUAAACCUUCAUGUCUGUUCAAUAUCAAUAUACUAUGCACUUAA